ACUCUGCCAUUCAUGUUUACCGGUGACCGGCAUGGUUUAUUAACAAUCGUUAUCAAUAUUGUUCCGUAUCGACCAAUCGCCGUUCGCCAAUUGAUGAAUAUUAAAUAGCGCUUGUUCUGGAGUCGUAGUUAACUAAUCUCGGCGUCGGUCAACAAUUAUUCGUUCUUUGAUCGAGUCCAUUGCACGUUUUCAUUGUUGUACAAUUUUUUUUGUCAUUCGCCGUUCCAUUACCACACUCUGCGAUCUGCAUCUUCUACGUACCAUUUUCAACUUUAAGAAAUACCGGUAUCUCCAAUCAUGGCGGCUACCAUUGUGGGUGUCUUUCAGCCCGAAAUGCAAAAUCUCAUCAAAGAUUCCAAAAUCCUUUUAGUUGGUGCCGGAGGUAUUGGUUGUGAAGUGCUCAAGAAUCUUGUGUUGACGGGUUUCAGCGAUCUAGAAGUCAUUGAUUUGGACACAAUUGAGGUCAGCAAUCUAAACAGACAGUUCUUGUUCAAUAAGCAGUCAGUAGGAAAAGCUAAAUCUCAUGUUGCAAGAGAGAGUGUAUUGAAGUUUAAUCCAAAUGUUAAUAUUAAAUCUUACUUGGGUAACAUUAUGGAUCAGAAUUACGAUGCGAGUUUUUUUAGUAGAUUUAAACUUGUUAUAAAUGCUUUAGAUAAUAAAAAAGCACGAGCUCAUGUUAACCGCAUGUGCCUUUCAGUUGAUAUUCCUCUCAUUGAAUCUGGUACAAUGGGUUAUAGUGGUCAAGUUGAGUUUAUUAAAAAAGGAGUAAGUUUGUGUUAUGAAUGCUUGCCUAAACCUGAACCAAAGUCUUAUCCUAUGUGUACUAUAAGAAACACUCCUAAAGAACCUAUUCACUGCAUAAUUUGGGCUAAAUUUUUGUUUAAUCAACUGUUUGGAGAAUCUUCACUUGAUGAUGUUUCUAUGGAAGUUAAUGAAAAAGAUGAUUUACCCAAAAUAUCGGCUCGAGAGUGGUCUAUAAAAAACAAUUAUGAUCCUACGAAAAUGUUCAAAAAAAUUUUCAUUGAUGAUAUACAAUACUUAUUAAAUAUGAAAGAUUUGUUUAAAAAUAAAAGAACUGAACCAAUACUUAUGUCUGAAUCAAUCCUAAAGGAAGAUUAUGCUGAUUAUAGUCAUGAAUCAGAUUUAAAAAUUUUAGAUUUGUUUCAAUAUAUAUCGAUGUUUAAGGAUUCUAUUGUAAAGAUUAAAAAUAAAUUGGACCUAACAAAUGGAAAAAAUUUAGUUUGGGAUAAAGAUGAUGAUGAUUUUAUGAACUUUAUUGUUUCUUGCACUAAUCUUCGAUCUAAUAUUUUUGGAAUACCAUUGAAGAGCCAUUUUGACAUAAAAUCUAUGGCCGGCAAUAUUAUUCCAGCCAUUGCCACUGCAAAUGCAAUAAUUGCUGGCCAAAUUGUAAUACAUGCAUUGAGAGCACUAAGUAAAAAUUAUGAACGUUGUCAAAGUGUGUUUUUAAGAGCAAAACCCAAUCACAAAGGAGCAAUUCUGGUUAAAGAUAAAAAACUUGAAUCACCAAAUCCAAACUGUUUUGUAUGUUCCGUUCAUGGAGAACUUAUUUUGCGUCUUGAUACAACACGUAUUACAGUAAGACAAUUGGAUGAACUAAUUUUAAAAAAAAAAUUAAAUAUGGUUUUACCUGAUGUAAUGGCAGAUAAUAGAAUACUUAUUUCCAGCAAUGAGGAUGAUGAGUUAGAUCUAUACUCAUUUUCACUUAAUAAAAUUCAAGUUGUACAUGGAUCUAGACUUAAAGUUGAUGAUUAUUUCCAGAACUAUAGUGUCAUCAUUAUGAUACACCACAAAGAAAAAGCAACUGAUGAACAACCAGAUUUUGAAAUAUUUAAUAAUAUGGAGGAUUUGAGAAAGCGUGAUGAACAAUUGAUUGCAGAAGAGAAUGCAAAAAUUGUACAAGAAACGUAUGACUGUGUCAUAGAGGAAUUUGAAAAAGACGAUUAUAGGGUUGAUAAAGUGAAGCCUACUUACGGAUCAAUAAGAAAUGAACAAACUGAUACAGAUAUGAUGGAAACGAUUGAUAGUGAACACGAAGUAAGUGAUGCAAAAGAGUCGCUGACGGAUAGUGGUGACCAAGAAGUCAGUAAUGAAGAAAUAUUGGCACUAAAAAGAAAAUCUGGAAAUGAAGAAGAGACUUCAGAACCCAAAAAAAGUCGUUUUGAUGAAUAAAUUGUUAUUCAUUUGUAAACUGAAUAAUAUUUAGUGUUGUAUACAUCAAUAAUUUAGUAACUGUAAUAUAAAUUUACUUAUAAUUAUGUUCCUGUUAAUUAUGCGAUACUGUACAUUUAAUAUUCUAAUAUUCUGACUACAUUAUUAGUAUUAUUUAAAUUCAAAUUCAGAUAUAUAUAAUG